CUUUCUCGUUUCUUGCUUUCCUCCACCCUCAACCCCAAGAACACAGUUGCAGACAUACAGACGAGGGAAAAAUGGUUCAGAAAUCAAAGGGAAAGCAUAGGUUAGAUAAAUACUAUCAUCUAGCCAAAGAACAAGGUUACAGAUCUAGAGCAGCAUUCAAAUUGCUUCAAUUAGAAGCUAAAUUCAAUUUCUUAGAAUCAGCUCAUUCUGUGUUAGAUCUUUGUGCCGCACCUGGUGGUUGGAUGCAAGUUGCUGUUAAAAAAAUCCCAGUUGGUAGUUUUGUUCUUGGUAUUGAUCUUUUCCCAAUUAAACCUAUCAGAGGUGCUAUUUCAGUUGAAGAAGAUAUUACUACUGCUAAAUGUAGAGCAACUAUUAAGAGGCUUAUGAGUGAAAAUGGUGUUAGAGGUUUUGAUGUUAUAUUACAUGAUGGUUCUCCUAAUGUUGGUGGUGCUUGGGCUCAAGAAGCUACAGUUCAGACGUCUUUGAUUAUUGAUUCUGUUAAACUCGCCACUGAAUUUAUGUCGCCUAAAGGGACUUUUGUUACUAAGAUUUUCAGGUCACAAGAUUACAAUGCCGUCCUUUACUGUCUGAAGCAGUUAUUUGAGAAAGUCGAAGUGACUAAACCAAUUGCCAGUCGUUCCACAUCUGCAGAAACGUACAUUAUAGGUAAAAAAUAUUUAGCCCCUGCAAAGAUUGAUCCCCGUCUCCUAGAUGUCAAGCAUUUAUUUGAUGUUGAAGAGAAAAAGCAACAGGCAAAGGAUGUUCUUGGAAAAGGAGGAAAAACGAGACAUCGUGAUGGGUACGUAGUAGAUAGCGAAGGCAAAACUAUGGCAAUCCUAAGGACGGUUGUUUUGGCUUCAGAUUUUGUGUGGUCUGCGACCCCACUUGAGAUUCUUGGGACAGCUACUUCCAUAUCCUUCAAGGAUCCUGCUUGCUUACCAUUAAGAGAUCAUAGUUUAACCACUGAUGAGGUCAAGGCUCUAUGUGAAGAUCUGCAGGUUCUGGGAAAGCAAGAUUUCAAGCAUCUGAUGAAGUGGAGGAUAAAUUUGAGAAAGGCACUAUCCCCCACACAGAAGGCUAUUCCUAAAUCUACUGAUGCUGAGGAUGAAAAUAAGGCUGAUGAGGACGACGAUGAUGAUGAUAAGAUGCUCAACGAAAUGGAGGAGCUGACGUACGCUAUGGAGCGCAAGAAGAAACGUGCAAAGAAAAUUGCUGCAAAAAGACUAGCCAAGGAUAAAACACGUAAGAUGCAGGUUGAUGCAUUGGAAGAUGGUUAUCAAGAACAUGAUUUGUUUUCUCUUUCUUCUAUCAAGGGAAAGAAGGACCUAGAAAUUGUUGACUCAACAGAACUCAACGAUGAAACUGGCAACUUAGGAGACAGUGAAAAUGAAGACCAGGAGACUCGUAUUCAAAAGGAUUCAUCCAGUGAUAUUGACACUGAUGAGGAGCAACAGAGGUAUGACGACGAACUCGAGGGUUUUCUUGACGAAGCUUAUGAACGAUAUGUCACUAGAAAAGAAGGAAGUUCUCAGCAGCGAAAGCGUGCUAGGAAGUCCUAUGACGAAAAGGAACUAUAUAAGGGUGAUGAUGCUAUUGAAUCGGAUCAUGAUUCUGACAAAGAAAUGAUUGAUAGUGAAGCCAAUCCUUUAAUGGUUCCACUUCAAGAGGAGGAAGCACAAACACAAGAACAGAUUACAGAGCAGUGGUUUAGUCAGGAUGUCUUUGCUGAAGCUGCAGCAGAUGAAGAACAAUUGUGGAAAAAGGAGAGUGACGAUGAAAUGGAGGUUGACAUAAAAGAGACAAAGCUUUCAAUUCCGGAAGUAUCUAAACAGAAUAUGACAAUGACUGAUGAUUCCAACAGUUCCAAACUCCCUAAGAACAAAGCUGCUAAAGCUGCAGAGGAUGACUUCGAAAUAGUCCCUGCUCCUGCUACGGACUCGAGUGAUGAUUCAUCCUCAUCCUCCGAUGAAUCAGAGGAUUUAGAUAAUUAUCAAAAGUCUGUGAUAUUAGCCACUGCAAAGAAAAUGCUGAGAAAGAAACAGAGGGAGACGUUACUUGAUGACGCUUACAACAGGUAUAUGUUUGACGAUGAGGGAUUGCCCACAUGGUUCCUUGAUGAGGAAAAGAAGCAUAGGCAGAUGACAAGGCCUGUAACUAAAGAGGAAAUUGCUGCUCAAAAGGCACAGUUUAAAGAGAUUGAUGCUUGUCCUGGAAAGAAGGUUGCACAGGCUAAAGCUCGAAAGAAGAGGGUUGCUAUGAGGCAGCUGGAGAAGGUCCGAAAGAAGGCAAACACCAUUUCUGACCAAACUGACAUCAAUGACAUGUCAAAGAGCAAGAUGAUUGAGCAGCUUUACAAGAAAGCACAACCUAAGAGAGUGAAGAAGGAAUAUGUUGUUGCCAAGAAGGGAGUUCAAGUUAAACCCGUUGGGAAAGGAAAGGUUCUAGUCGAUCGGCGGAUGAAAAAAGAUCAGCGGUCUCGUGGAAUUGGUAGACACGGCAAGGGUCCCUCUAAGAAGAGUAAGGCCGGUGGCAAGGGUGGUGCUAAAGGCAAAGGAGGAUCUGCUAACAAAGGAGCAUCCGCUCACAGAGGAGGAAAGAAAGGAAAAGCCUUUUGAUUAUACAGAGUAGAAGACUGAAGCUAUUUUGAUUAAUUUUUAAGUUCUACAAUUUUGUGAGCAGAUUUUAUUACUGUUAGCUGCCAUUUUCUCUGGAAGUUGAAUAUUGUUGCAUAUCACUACUUCUGGAAUUGAGUAAUUUAUAUGUACGCAUAAAGCUUUAAUAUUUGCUCGACUGUUCCAAAA